AUGGCCACACAUAUGAGGGAGAAGCGCGUGGCCAAGGAGCGUCAAAAGAUCGAAAGAUCUGGCUUACCCCCGGGCAUCGAUCUCGUCGACGGCGACAGCUUGAAAGAAUGGACGUUUGACAUUCGUGUCCUCGACACAAAUCCGCUUUACCAAAAUCAGAUUUACCGCCUGAGGUUUGCAUUUCCACAGUCAUAUCCCAUCGAACCGCCCGAAGUCACGUUCGAUAUAAAGCCAGAUCGGCCCGUGCCUAUUCACCCUCACAUCUACUCGAAUGGCUUCAUAUGCCUCGAUUUACUUGAUUCACAAGGGUGGAGCCCCGUGCAAAGCGCAGAAAGUGUAUGCAUGAGCAUCCAAAGCAUGCUCACCAGUAAUUCCAAAAAUGAGCGGCCGCCAGGAGAUGAGGAGUUUGUCCGCGGCAAUCGGUUGCGGCCCCGAGACAUUGAGUUCUUAUAUCACGACAACACUGUAUGA